AUGCUAUGGCGCACGCGUCUACCUAUUCAAGGUAGCUGGCGUAUUGCAGACUCACGGUUUCCGCUGCGGCGGCAUGCUAUCCGACUCCAAACACUGCCAUGCUUCUUCAACUUGCGACCAGCCACCACCAUGAACUCGGCUGUCAUUUCUUCUCGUCCAUUCGUGCCACACAUCCCCACCGGCUGCCCCUCAUGUCGAUCCAAUCUUGAAUUCCCCGUUCCCUCCCCCCAGCCGAGGCCAGGAGCAUUACUGCGCGUUCAAUGCUUUUCCUGCCAGAACGUCAUAACACAUGCCUUCUAUCCAACUCAGAUCCCGCAACCUCUCUCUACAGGACAACAAGGCUCGUCAACAACAGCCGGCGGGAGUGGCAGUGGAGGCCAGUCGGCAACACCACCGCCGCGAAAAGGCCGCAAGAUUGGCACCCAAGAACGGCCGCUCGAGACAGGCUACUAUGAUAUUCUGGGGUUAACACCGACAGCGACCACGGAGGAUGUGAAGAAGGCGUAUCGUCGAAUGGCAAUCAAGCACCAUCCGGACAAGAACCCAGACGAUCCACACGCAGAAGAGCGCUUUAAAGAAAUCGCCAUCGCAUACCAGACACUAUCUGAUCCCGAACUUCGACGAAAGUACAAUGAGUACGGGCCCAAAGAAAGCGCACCGGAAGGUGGCUUUGUCGACCCUGAAGAAGUCUUUGGCGCGAUUUUCGGUGGAGACGCAUUCAUACCGAUUAUCGGGACCAUUAGUCUCGCACGCGACAUGAAAACUGCGCUGCAAGAGGCGGACGAGGCUGAGCAGGAGGAACAGGAGCGAGCGGGGACCAGGAUUCUCGAUGCUAAAGGUCGACCAGUGCUCAGCGAGGAGGAAAAGGCAGCCAAGGAGGCAAAGAGCAGGGCAAAGGCGGCAGAGAAGGCAAAAGCGCGAGCGGAAAGAAUCCAGAAGCUGGUGGACAACCUCGACAGGAAGUUGAGCAUCUUCACGGAGUCGGCAGCUGGUCCAAAUGACCGCGAGGUUGCCAACAGCUGGCGGACGAUAUGUGCUUUGGAGGCAGACCAAUUAAAGAGCGAAUCCUACGGUGUCGACCUCCUACAAGCCAUUGGGUUUGUCUAUGUCUCUAAAGCAAAGGCACACAUGGCAACAAGUCAGACUUUCCUCGGAGUCGGAGGUUGGCUACACAACGUGCAAGGGAAAUAUCAUGUCUUCAGCGAAACCGUAUCAACACUGCGAUCUGCCAUCGAGCUAAAAACGGUGUUUGAUCAGAUUCAGGCUGCUGAACGAGCCGGAAACCUCAGUCCAGAGGAGAAGCGGAAGUUGGAGGAACAAGCUGCUGAGAAGGGCCUGCAAGCGCUUUUCAAGGGCGCCAAACUCGAAAUUGAAUCUGUUCUCCGCGAAACUUGUGACCGCAUUCUGGAAGACUCAACAGUGACGAGAGAAAAGUCCAUCCUUCGUGCUGUCGCGCUGCAAAUUCUGGGCGAGGCGUAUUCUGGUGUUACGAAGGAGGGGCAAGCUACAAUUGGGGACGACAGCGACUAUGUUCGUGUCGAGACCAAGCAAAGCCGAAAUAGCACGGGCGGGGGACAGAAGAAAUCACCACGAUGA